GGUUACCUCUCAGAAGCUUCAUCUAUGUUUCAUGGAAAUCGCGAGCACAUUGAGAUCACUGGGUGGCUAGGGUCUGAUGUUUGAUAGGGACGAGCAGGAGCAGUAAUGGUGAGUGUUAAAAUAUUAGAUAUUUACACACUUCUGAACACAUACACUCUACAUGCGCAGAUUCGCUUAACUAUCGAUGAUAACCAGAAACAUUUUGUAAAUAAAUUUAAACAAGUAUCAAAAACUCCAGUCUUGCUUAUUGUAUUUACAUGGACGCACCCGACAACGGCAGUUUCUGUGGCUACCACAUGGAUUACUACUCAUUUGCUUGUUCCAACCGCUGGUGUUGCCGCUAUCGACCUCACUAGUGUUCCUGCACGGCAUCUGAUAAAGGUCAAAGAUUUCUGAACCAUCUCAGCUUUGAAUUCAUGAUUUACGAGAUAUGAACAUCAGUGUCGGAAACUUGGCCGUACAUUGACAGCUCCAUCCUGGCACCAUGCCGACGAGUAGCCAAUUCCAGAUCAUAAACAAAUUUAGCUCGACGUAUGCGCGCUCAACGCGCACAUUAACAGUCAAAGACGAACAGGAAGCACAACGUCAAAAAAUCUACAUUGCACCUUGCCGUCGAGUGUUUGCCUUUACUUCACAGUUGGAACGACAGCAAACUGCUGAAGACGACAUGCGUACCUUCACCUUUUUCCCAGAGAUGGUGUCCCUUGCCCAGCUUGUUACUCGCCCCGGCCUAGCUCUUGGAGAAAUGAACGCAGACGACAUAAUGAAACGGCUGCAGGAACUGGGAUGGCGCAGAGAGGGGGAAGCCGCACGCGCUUUGGCCGAGAAAGAGAAAAGGGAGGAGGAGAAACGUCGUGCCGAACAAAACCACGAGUCAAGAAAGCAAGAAAUGCUGGACCUUGUCAAUGAUCCUGUACUUCGCCGCGUGUCUAAGAAGACUCAGAACAUACCCAAAUACACCAAACCACCCGACAGCCGUCCCACCGCAGUCUGCUUUGACAUCGACGGACCUUCUCUUACACAUUCUGUCGUCAAAUUUCAGAUGGAUACUUUGAUAGAAGAUUUUGACGACUUCGAAGUUAAAGUCGUAUCGGUGGAGUACCAGCCACGUGCGAUACACAUCAAAGGAAUCGACGUAGAAAACCGCUGGGUUAUAACGCUUGACUCUCAGUAUGCUGCUGCCCGCCUGUCAGGCUCCCAGUUACUGUUCGGCACCAAGGAGGUCAUCGUUCGCCGCUAUGACGACGUGAUAGGCUUUAGAAUAUAAGCAGUUUACACGACGAUCAGAUCUGAUGCAUGCAAUAUUUCACCGAAAAUAAUACAACUGCACAUCUUGGCCCCUUUACUGUUGACCACAAUCAUUGGAAUACGCGCGCCACUACUCGGCGGUCGCUCAAGUUGUUUAUUAUAAGUUAUGUUUCAAAAUAGAAUUAAGAAAGCAAAUAAAUAAUGAAAAGUCUGAAUGGAAAGCCGGAGAAAGUUGUGAUCCGAAACAUUACGAGCACAAUGAUGGUAGAUAGAUGGUAGAAUUACAGACACUCAUUAACAACAAUUUUAAUUAAUGUGAUGGCUAAUUGCAGAACAGCUAGGAAGUAUAAAGCAAUAUGUAAUACUAAAUACACCUUGCGACAGAUACUCAAUAUGACCCUUUUGAUCGCCGUUAUAUUCCUCCAAAUCAAAAGAUGAUUUCAGCCUGACAUUGCUUACCAUGUUCCUUUCUAGUCUUGUCAUUUCUUUGUUUGUUCCUUUAAUGAUUCCAAUAGAAUUCCACUUACAUUUUUAUACAUAAUUUUACUUAUUUUUUUGUUGGUUGAAGCAACUAUUUAUACCGAAGGCCAAUAAUAUGCUAAAUUCAUCGUAGGAAGAUAUGCAUCUUUCAGGGCAGGCACCAAAUACACCUCAUGAACACGCAUACACGCAGACAAAGCUCAGCAAACUACAAAUAAAAUUGAUUUGAAAAGCACUAUGGAAAUUCUGUAGAAUGCCAUAUUGGAUUAUAGGUAGCCAGAAGUUGCUCCCAGCGAGUACAAUUCACUUGAAAAACUGUAAUCCAAGUAAUCAGCUCCGAUCCACACCACAGUUCCAGUCAUAGAAGGAUCUAAAAGACAGAAGUCCGUUUUUUUCUGUUUGUUUUGCUUCUCAUGCGGUUGCCUGUAUAAUUUUUCUUAAACCAUAUUGAGUUCACAAGCUGACAGAAGCAGAGCAAGUUAACCGAUAUAAAACAUUCGAGUUGUCAUCUUCAUGAGUCGCGAAUCCAAACGCUUUCAUAUAUCGUUUUAGUCUGGUACUUUAUGAAUUGUCGAAACACUGCUAUAAUCUUUUGCAGAAAAUGAUAUAACUGAAGAUAGAUGUCUACUGUAUUUAUGCAAGAUCACAAAAUUAAACUGAACAAUAGAUAAAAAUAAAAAUGCAGUAAUGUAGCAUAUUUGCAAAUAUUAAGAUGUGUAGGAGUUACAGUCCUAAAGCUCGUAGUUCAGAUCCACAAAGUCAAUAUUCACCUGAGAAAAAAACCAGAUCAAUAGACAACUGGACAUCACUCUCUCCCUGUGGACUCUAGAAGGAGACAAAGAAAUUCAGGCAUCUUAAACCAAGGUAUUGUGGAAACUGUGGGAAUACAAGACUUAUACGGAGGAGGCGUCCCUCCCUAGUGUGGUCUGCCUGCUCUUGCUCGAUGUCCAUGUUCUUUGGCUCAAACUUUGUCAUAGGACACACACUUUAAAUAGAGUGUUAAGGUGUACAAAAGAUUCUUCGAGCAGUUUCUCAAACCUGCUGUUUUGUUGCACACUGCUUCGAUAACAAUGACUUUGCUUCAGUCCUGACAUUGUUGCCGUGUUAACAAACUUAUUUGAACUUUAUAGCCAUUACCUUAAUGCCUUAUUUCCGCUUUCACCACCCAAUUACUGCAACAGUUUACAUCAC